AAUAUAAAAACAAUAUAUAUAAAUAACAUGUCCAUUAUAAAAGUAAUUACAAAAAAGGUGGGUUACUUUUUUUUCUGUCUUUGAGAUGUCAAUUUUGUAAAAACACAUCCAUGAUUAGUUGGUCACGUCAUGUGAUGUUUGAGGGUAGCCGCCCUUUUGUUGAUUCUUUGGAUUUAUUUCUACUGAUUUCAUCGUUGUGUAGCGGUUAUUUCUUUUUUGAUACCUUUUGUACUAUUCUAAUAAUCUGCCUUUCGAUUUUACGUAUUUUGUCAGUGGCCUAACGUCCUAUGACUAAUUUUUUGUUGUAAUUGCGGCUCAUAUGGCGUUAGUUGCUUGUUUGAAAUUUAGUUGUUUUAAAGUUUGCAUGCUGCUUUAAACCAACCCUUUUGUUUUUCAGCGCAUGCGCAUACUUUAUAAAUAAUCAAUCGAGCAAAGUUUAUGGACCUUGGUGCACCGCACAUGGGUUAAUUUAGUCUGAUAAAUUAAUUUAGUUUAGGUUAAUUUAGUUUCCACGAAAUUAAUUUUAUUUUUGCUUUAGUAUAAAUUAUAAACAAACAUGGGCACACUGAAAGUCGGCAUCAUCGGUGGUUCAGGGUUAAAUGAUCCAAAGAUUCUUCAUGAGAAAACGGAGAAGAGUAUGACCACACCGUAUGGAGAACCGUCAUCCGUCUUAACGCUCGGACAAAUUGAAGGUGUCGACGUGGUCUUACUUGCUAGACAUGGUAAAGGUCAUGACAUCAACCCGUCGCAAAUCAACUACCGUGCUAACAUUUGGGCGCUGAAAGCCGAAGGAUGUACUCAUAUCCUCGCAACAAACGCUUGUGGCUCACUGCGGCAAGAGUAUAAAGUCGGCGAUCUGAUCAUUUUGGAUCAGUUUAUCGACAGAACAUUUUUACGGCAUAAUACGUUUUACUCUGGCAACAAGGAAGACCCGAAGGGUGUACUUCACAUCCCAAUGGGACAUCCGUUUUGUGAAGAGACGAGAAAAGUCAUGAUAGCUGCCACGAAAGAGCUCGCCUUCGAUUUCCACGAAGCGGGCACCAUGGUCAUUAUCGAGGGACCGCGUUUUUCAACGAAAGCUGAAAGCAAGAUGUUUGCGCUCUGGGGAGGAGACUUGGUUGGUAUGACAACUGUUCCUGAGGUAACGUUAGCGAAAGAGGCUGGUAUUUGCUACUCAAGUGUUGCCAUGGUAACAGAUUACGAUGCUUGGAAGGAUGAGGACCACGUAACAGUGGAGCAGGUUUAUCAAACUCUAAAAAAGAAUGCGGAUAAAGCUACCAAAGUGUUAAUUAAAGCAGUGUCUUUGUUGUCUAAGCGAGAUUGGACCAAGGUAAUCGAGGCAAACAAGAAAAUGAUUAGCAGCGGAAUUAUGUGAGUUUUUUGUGGUUUAUAUUUGGUUAUUUUUGAAAUUAAUAGACAGCGAAAUAUUUAGAACGUACUUGGUUUCUAGAACUUUUUAUGUUUUUUACAAUUUGUAUUUACCAAAUUUAUGUUGAGUUUAAUUUUUUUUAAAAUUUUUGUUCGUAAUCUUGAGGUGCAUAUGCAAGGCGCAAUUUGUUAAACACGCGAUUUCUUUCCAAUGUGUCGUGUGUAGUAUAUAUAUAUGUCUUGUUAUACUAAAUGUGUGCUAUAAGCCUUAAUAUAUUAAGGUGGUUCCCUGGGAAACAAGGAUUUUUUUCCAAAAAAUGGUUUUUUUUCAAAAUGCUUUGGCACAAAGUUGUAUCAUAAUAAAAUAGGAAGAAAAAAAUUUCUUUUUUUAAAUUUUUUUGAUGACGUCACUAAUUAUGCGCAUAAUUAACAAAUUAUAGGCUAAAAACAUAUGGUAUCUCCUAACAAGGAUAUCUCUAGGUAGACUUUUCCAAUCAAGAUAAAACUUUGCACAUGUGUUAAUAUUGAGUAGCUGAAGGGACUGAGUGAAUUACUUUUUUAAUUUUUUAUCUAAAUCGCAUCGGGUUGGCCACCAAACUUGACUUUUCCGGAAAAGAGAAUAUCAAUGACAACAUACUAGAUUCUAGGAGAAGAAAAAAUAGUAAAAUUGAAAAACUAAUUCACACAGUCCCUCCUAAAUAGAAUGAAGAACUGAUGUUCAAAAUUUCAGCUCAAAAGCUUGUUCCAAUGAAAAGUUAUCUUUGUUAGGAGUUCAAAAAUCUGCAAAAAUCUUGUUUUGAAAUAUCGGUAAAAGAAAAAAAACAGUUUGUAUAAAAAAAAACUAAUCUGUUCAUAAACUAAUAAUUAAAGUCCAACAAAAGCACCAUAUCCAUAUGUUUCCCCUUCCUCAAGCAAAUUCUUAUCUUCAUAACCUUUUCUGGCAGCUCUCUGCCUUUUUCUGUCAUUUUUAACUCUGUCAGUAGACUUGCGGUUUGACUCUUUCACACGUUUUGUGUUAGCUUUACGAAAACCAGUUUCGGUAUAAUAACCAGGUUCUAAACCAAGUUUGGAAUAUACUGGUAACAGUCCUGUUUCUCCAUUGUUAUAUGCUAUUACUGCAGAUGCUACUGCUGUUUUGAAAACAGCAUUUCCAACAUAAACUCUUUUAGGGCAUCUUGACCAGAUGACAUUGUUGAGAGACUCAUUUACGUUUUGUGUUUGACCAUGAAGGCAUUUCUUAAGUAGAUCCUCACUUCCAAGGUCUUUGCUUGAAAAUACAGGUGCAAUGAGGUCUGAGACAACUUUAUCAAUGUUUAAAUGCCCUUUGUAAGUAGAUUCACCAGUUAUCUUAUCCCUUUGAUAUUUACACCAAGAGUUCUCAGUUCGGGGACAGUACAUGUGACGCUUUUCUUCAUCAGGUUCAUUUGUCGAAUGAAAAAGGACAGCAGCAACAGAUUUACGCAUAGCAUAAAGAUUAUCAGUGUUCUGUCUAAUAGCCAUUCCAUAAUGGUUUUGAAGUGUAUUCAUGAUCUUGUCUGUGAGUCUUCCCUUUCCUCUGCCAAUGCCUUUUCCAUCUGAAAGCUUUACACCCUUGUGGUCAGUUUUAAUUUUUCGCAAUCUGGUUCCGACACGUUUCUGUACAUGCCCGAUACAUUCACCUUUGUUCAAGCUGUGUCCUGGGUAGGGAUUUGUACUACAAAGUUCCACAAAAGAUUUUGUGUCUCCGUCUCCAAUGUAAAAAGUGUAUCGGAGUUUGUGAGUUUUCACAGAGCGAUGGUAAAUACGUUUCAAGCCGGUAAUCUCCAUGGCACCAGAACUGCCUCUAUGGUUGAUAGAGCAAAACGCAGCAUGAUUUUCUUUCCACUCUUUAUGCUUCUCAGAAUGGGUGU